UUCACACACCAUUAUAUAUAUUACAACAUUAUAUUGGUGGACUCAAAUAAUUCAUCAUCUUCAAGACUUUCAAGAACACACAGAAGUCUUAAGCUCACAUAUAUAAUUAUUAAUGGAGGCUUUGCCAAGAUCAGAAGUUUCGUUUAGAAGGCAAGGCUCAUCGGGUUUGGUUUGGGAUGACAAGCUUUUAUCCGGCGAGCUGAAGAAAAUCUCAACAAAAGAUGAAGGGGAGACUAAGGAGGCGAAACCCUCAUCGGUCCAACGUAGCCGGUCGUCCGGCGGUCGGGGAUUCCGGUCGGCCGAGGUUAAGCCGUCGUAUGAUCCUCCUUCUCCCAAAGUGUCGGGUUGUGGUAUUUGCGGCAUGUUUGGGAAACCGGUGGAUUCUAAACAACAACCGCCCAGAAAAGGCGCCGCCCACCGCCCUCACCGUAGAUAAUUAAUCAUCAUAGCUUAGUGGAUGGGAUUAUUGCUUUCUUCAAUCUUCAUCGCCAUGCACAUGUAUGCUUUCAUUUCCUUUUUUUAUGGGUUUUUUUUUUUUUUUUUGUGGUAUAUGUAAUAGCUUUGAAGUUUGUGAUUGUGAGAGUUUUUGUUGUCUUCCUAUAUGUAUGGCAAGAACACCAUCAAUCAUCAUAGAUAAAAACAAUAUGAAUUAAAGCAUCUUUGUCGUUUCUUCUCCUUCUUAAUUUCCUUCUUUCAACUUUUUAAAAUUAACUAACUAGUUGGUUUGACUGAUCCUCUUAAAAUCCUGUUUUUGUAUGAUCUCUUGAAAAUUUUAAUCAAUCAGAUGUGAAAUUUGACGGGAAUUCACAAUUUAUUACCUCUUCUAAUAACUCUUGGAUAAAAUUUCUAAGUUCAGAAUUAGUAAUUAGGUAUAAAACAUAGAAAAAAAAUUGAAGUUGUUGACUUUUAAAAUUUAAUUAUGCCUGAGAGCUUGAAGAAAAUGGCAAUCACUCUCUCUCUUUCUCUGUCAUGGUGGCGAGGUUGAAGAGAAGACAAGAGACAGGUUGUGCAUUGAAGAAGGUUCAAGAAAGGCAGGCAGGUGGAGAUACAGAAAUUUGACUUUUCGAAACAAUAAUUGCCUUAUCAGCUCCAUCCCAUCACCAAACAUCAUGUAGUUAAAACCUACCCAUCUUUAAUUUCUUCAACCAAGUCAAUUACUUGCUUCCACUAAUAAUUACUCCUUUUUUUUA